CACGACCGUAUAGAUCGCACAAGAUUCCCGCCUGCGAUGCUUGCCGGCGACGAAAAGUACGAUGUGAAGUGGACGACGAUAGCGCGACCUGCAAGCGCUGUCAGCGGCUAAGUCGCACGUGUCUUUUUCUUCCGCCACACGCCAGCUCAGUAUCGCUAUCAGGAGAAGAAGAUGAGGUCAACGAAUCGACGUCUCCUCGCGUUCGACAGCGACGACGGUAUCUUCAUCAGAAUGCUCCAGCAAGAGGCUCACAUCCCGAUGCGAUGCCAAGUGCAUCUUCGUCGACAGCCGGCCAUGUCGCUGGUGACGUGCCAGCGGCAAAGACGGCGAUGCUUGUAGGACCUGCAGUCGCUGAAGACGUGCGCAUACUAGAAGACUUUCUCGAUGCGCAUGGACUGCAGGAGAACUAUCUCAAUGGAAGCGGCAACGAUGUUGGGGCAGGUUCGCCACGCCUACGCCACGGGCGGGUCACCGCAUACAACACGGUCUUCUCCAGCAACGGCAGUGAAGAAGCAAUGGCCUAUGUCACCGUGCCACCUGGUCACGCUGGCCUGGAGCUGGCAAGACAUCCCGGAAAGACACAACUGGCAGCAAUGCAGCAGCUACUCGACGCGCCGACACGAGAUGAGCUCGUCAGCUUGUAUUCUCGCUUCGUUCACCCCCAUUUUCCGAUCGUGGACAUGCACGCCGUGCGUAGCAACGACGAUUCAAUCACGAGCACGCUCCUCUGUUACAUAUACAUGCUGGCUCUGCCCUUGUGGCACAAGUCUCCAACGCUGGCUGGACGACAGCCACCAGAUUUCGGCCGUGUUGUCAAUCUUGCUACUGCCGCAUUGCAGAGCGACUUCCUGGUGCCAACCACUUCUACCAUCACUGCCGCUGUGUUGGACCUCCUUGGCCGACCUGUUCGCACCGUCACGACGAACAUCUUGACCACCGGGAAGAUGGUAGCACUCGCGCACAGCAUGGGCCUCCAUCGGGACUCAUCUCGAUGGUCAGCUUCGCAAGAAGAGAAAUCUAUCCGGAAGAGGCUGUGGUGGUCGGUGGUCAUCCAUGAUUGCUGGGGAAGCUAUGCUCAUGGAACACCUCCCAUCAUUUCAAGCGAUCGCUACGAUGUGGUCGUGCUCGAUCCUGUGGACUGGGCGCCCGUCCAUGAUGAUCUCCGCGCGAGCCUUAUGGCAGUGCAGAACACGCAGUUCUGCUAUUUGACGCGUCACUUGAGCGACCUAUUAGAACUCGUCCAUGGCUUGAAGACCCGCUGGGAGGAAGUGCCAAGGAGGCUGAGGAAAAUCGAGUGUGCUCUCGAUGACUGGGAGGCAGACUUGCGGCGACUUUGCAGCAUUGACCUGCGCAAAGGUCCUCCCAGUGGCCACAGCAGUAUGCAGUUCUGCUUCUUAUCAGUCAGGCUAUUGGUUCAGCGACUGUACCUUCGCGCCGCUACCGCUCAGACCGCGUACCCUAUCGACACUGAGAAGCAAUAUCGCAUCAUGUCACUUCGGGAAAGCGCAAUCACUAUCGUAGACUACGUGAACAUGCUUACACCCGAGCAUUUCUCCGAGUUCUGGUUCGCGCACUCAUCGCAUUUCUUGGUCUCAACCAUCAUCAUGCUGCUUCGAUGCAUGAUCGAAAGUCACGAUCCAGACCAACUCAGUCGUUGUACUUCUAAGCUCAUUCAAUUUCGAGAGACCUUGCAGGAUGCUAGAGCGAACUAUGGCUGGGACAUAGCAGACAUGUGCUUGGAACGUUGCUCUGACGCGAUCGAACGGGUGACGCGAUCUUCUGCUUAUGGCCCUCCCUUCAACAACCAUCAGAGCCUGACUACAGGAGCUACCGACAUGCCACCGCCACCGCUGCCCGAUUUUGACAUCUUGGACGCGGACUGGCUAGCCCACUCUGCUUCAGGGCUCGACACACUACUUCCCACACAAUCGCUGGACCUUGUGUGGGAUCGGCAGUGAGAUCUGCUCGAACUUAGGUGUGUUUGCUCUCGCGGGGGAGCGCUACCUCGGAUAUCAUGAUCAAGUGUCUGCGGCUCACGAAGGCGAAGAGCAGAUUCAAGGACAAUAGCAGUCCAUCUUGCGCUGCUGCACUGCGAACACAAGGAGAAACCCUCGCUACAGCGCUCAGUGUGUGUCGAUAAUCAAGGCGAGAAGAAUAUUCGGGCCUUGAUUUUGCCAUGCAUCAGACCGACGACCUACCCUCAUGACGCUGAUGAAGUAAUGAAGUGCGAAUCAGGAGCGGUAAGGCGGGAAAGAUGUUCGGACCGGUGUCCACGAGCGGUCAAAUUUCGAGACGCCACAGGCGCAGCUUAUAGGACAAUCCCCACCAAAACAAUGCCCGCGCAGCAAGAGCCCAAUGACGCUUUGGAUGACCAAUAUCUAUGUCUAUACUCUAUCGACCUCUUCACAACACCUGCAAUGCAUCUCAGCACUCGACCACUAAGUCAGCU